ACCGUAUCUAUAAGCAUGCCAUCCUUACUUCCGCACUGCUGCUUUCGGUGUUGCUGCCUUGAGCGCUGGGUGCCUGACCAGCAGCCAGCACUCUGCAGCUGCCCAACUCUGAAAUCAAAGAAAAAGGAGGCUGUAAUGGAAGGUGUAUCAGGGCGCUAUGACUUCUACAUUGGACUAGGCCUGGCUCUAUCUUCGAGUAUUUUCAUCGGAGGAAGUUUUAUCCUAAAGAAGAAAGGGCUUCUCAAGUUGGCCAGCAGAGGCUCCAUUAGGGCAGGACAAGGAGGUCAUGCAUACCUGAGGGAGUGGCUUUGGUGGGCCGGGCUACUGUCCAUGGGAGUUGGAGAAGCAGCUAAUUUUGCUGCAUAUGCCUUUGCCCCAGCAACACUAGUAACACCACUGGGUGCACUAAGUGUUCUAGUCAGCGCAGUUUUGUCUUCCUACUUUUUGAAUGAGCACCUGAAUGUCCAUGGAAAGAUUGGCUGCAUCUUGAGCAUUCUGGGUUCCACAGUGAUGGUAAUCCAUGCCCCUCAGGGAGAGGAAGUAUCCAGCCUGGAGUCAAUGGCAGAGAAGCUUAAAGAUCCAGGGUUCAUAGCCUUUGCGGUGUGUGUGCUGGUGAGCUCCAUUCUCCUGAUCUUCGUGGCUGGGCCCCGCUAUGGUCGGAGCAACGUUCUGGUAUACGUUUUGGUCUGCUCCGCCAUUGGCUCGCUCUCUGUGUCCUGUGUCAAGGGCUUGGGCAUUGCACUGAAAGAGCUGUUUGCUGGGAAGCCGGUCCUGAAAGAGCCCUUGGGAUGGGUCCUCCUGAUUUGCCUGGUGAUCUGCAUCAGCAUCCAGAUUAACUACCUGAACAAGGCCUUGGACAUCUUCAAUACAUCUGUGGUCACACCGAUCUACUAUGUCCUGUUUACAACAGCUGUCAUGACUUGUUCCGCCAUCCUCUUCAAGGAGUGGCAACACAUGGUCCUACACAACAUAAUUGGCACUGUAAGUGGCUUUCUUACCAUAGUCUCCGGCAUUUUCCUUCUGCAUGCAUUCAGAGACAUUCCCUUUCCCCCAGACCUGCUGCCCCUCUUCCUGAAGCAAGGGAGAGCAGGCCUGCGUGGUUCUUGGAGGGGAGCAGAAAAACACCAGUCAUGCCUACAUCAGCCUCUUCUGGGCCCAGAGGACAUCCACAAGGGUUCUCAGAGUGUGGAGGAGGAGGAAGGGGAGAGUGUAUGAUUCCUCCUGAAGCUGCUGCCUGGAAAAGCUUUUGAACUUCUACCCAAGAGCUUUCUAGUUUCACUGUUGAGCUCCAUUUAGUGAGUUUGCUAGAUCAGACUCCACCAGCCACAGCUGCAUUCUUGGGAAUAAGUAAGGUCUGCUGCCUGUUUGUAUGAGUGUUCUUCGCUUUCGCUGCUGGGGACCUGAAUAGCAAGGAGAGAGAUCUGAUUGCAAUUUCCAGAUGGUGAGAAGAAAACCUCAGCAACUCAGUGUCGAGAGGACUUGAGUUCCCUUUGAAAGAACUUGCUGCAGCUACUACCAGGCCACAAACUUACGUGGGAAGAGACUCAGCAGACUAAUCCUUACUGAAUGGAAGGACCACUCAAUGUAUGUGACCUUAAAACAAACCUUUUCUAAAUAUUUAGAUUACUGUUUACAAACCAUUCCAGCCACGUGAUAAAAUCCUUCUAUGUUGUCAGUCAUUACAGCAACAAGGGGUAAUGUGUACGUGGAGAUGACAUGCCCAGCAUGUUAAUUUCAAACCCUCAUCUGUACCUUUGCUCUCUGUAAGAAGCCAGCUCGGCUCGCUCAGGUUACUGACCCAAAGCUAAAAGCAGGACUCAGUUUCCCCAAACUGAUGACUUGUUAAUGUUGGUGCUGCCAGUAAAUGCUGUGGCUUUUUAGGCUGGAUUA